UGGGACAUUGCGCGUAGGAAGUUGAAAAAAUGGAGACAAUAACAAUCUAAAGUGCAUGUGCAUGUUGUAGAGCCUAGUUUAUAUUUCCAGAGGAACCAAUCCAUGUCGUGAGAUUUGGAAAGUCAUGAUCUUUUUUCGCCGACCAUUGUUUCCGUGUCAUCUGAUUCAAUGGACAUUGCUGACCCGAUCCCAGAGCUCCGAUGUUUCCAACAAGAUACACCACACGGAUCUGAAAGAUGUCCCGUUGGAAAGGAUACGAAACUUCAGUAUCGUAGCCCAUAUUGACCAUGGCAAAUCCACAUUGGCCGAUCGAAUCCUGGAGGUUGUGGGAGCCAUUUCGAUAUCUAAAGACAAUAAGCAGAUCUUGGACAAGCUACAAGUGGAACGUGAACGCGGGAUCACGGUUAAAGCGCAAACGGCAUCUUUCAUCUACGAUUAUCAAGGACAGGACAUGCUUUUGAACCUUAUUGACACGCCCGGACACGUGGAUUUCAGUGCAGAGGUGAGCAAGAGUUUAGCUUCGUGCCAAGGCGUGAUCUUGGUGGUGGAUGCCAAGCAAGGCGUUCAAGCCCAAACCGUGUCCAACUAUAAUCUCGCUGUGGCGAAUGAUCUGGCUGUGGUGCCCGUGCUCAAUAAGAUUGAUCUACCCGAAGUGGAUUUAGAUUCGUGUUUGAAUCAACUGGAGAGCUUGUUCGAUAUUGAUCCCAAUUCGGUAAUCUUGGCCUCGGCCAAGAGUGGAAUCGGGAUCGAAGAGAUCCUGGACGCUGUGGUGGAUCGGAUCCUACCACCUUUGACUCACGGACAGGGAGACUCCUUGAAGUUUCUGUUGCAAGACUCAUGGUAUGAUCAGUACAAAGGAGCCGUAGGUUUGAUCCAGGUCUUCGAUGGGGUUCUGAAACUCGGCGACGAAAUCACUUCGGUCAAAACGAAGAAAACCUACAACGUCAAGAGUUUGGGCAUUUUGACGCCCGAAGAGGUAUCGGUUCCGGCCAUUCAUCCCGGCCAGAUUGGCUUCUUUACCUGUAACAUGAAAACCACAAAAGAAGCCAUCGUUGGCGACACGUUUCAUCGCAUCAACCGGCCAGUGGAGCCAAUUUUGCACGUGUCGACGCCCAAUCCCAUGGUAUAUUCCGGAUUUUAUCCCACAGAGUCGUCCUAUUAUUCAAACUUAAAAACUGCCAUAGACAAAAUUAGUCUCAACGAUUCGAGCGUUUCGAUUGACCCCGAAACCAGUCCCGCUCUUGGAUCAGGCUGGAGAAUCGGAUUCCUGGGUCUGCUCCAUAUGGAGGUGUUUUCUCAGCGUUUGCAGCAAGAGUUUGACGCCGAAGUCAUCUUGACUCAGCCCUCAGUGCCUUAUAAGAUCAUCCCUAAACCUCAUUUAGUCAAGAAAUUCGGGCAAGAAAUUUGGGUGAAGACCCCUAAAGAUUGGGUCGAUAAAGACGUGGCUGAGACCUAUUUGGAACCGAUUGUGAAAGGAACCAUCAUUGUUCCUGAAGAGUACAUGCAGCAAGUUGCCUCAUUGUGCUCAAGCUGCCGUGGAAUAGCCGAAGACACGACCUUCGUGGACCAAACGAGAGUUCGUAUGGUAUACACCCUACCUUUGUCCGAUAUUGUGACGAAUUUCUUUGAUGAUCUGAAGCGGAUCACAUCCGGGUAUGGGUCUUUUGACUAUGAAGAUGCCGGCUAUAUCCACUCUCAGUUAAUCAAGGUCGAUAUUUUAUUGAAUGGUAAGCCUGUCCCCGAGCUUUCAUUUCUCUCCAAUCCGAGCAAGGCUCGACCAACGGGCAAAAUCAAAGUGGCGAAGCUCAAGGAGCUCUUACCUCGCCAGCUCUACGACGUUGCUAUUCAAGCGACCCGUGGUAAAACGAUUUUGGCCCGUGAAACGAUCAAAGCCGCGAGAAAGGAUGUAACCGCAAAAUGCUACGGCGGAGAUCUAACACGAAAGCAAAAGCUACUGAAAAAUCAAGCCGAGGGGAAGAAACGUCUGAGAGCAAUAGGGAACAUUCAGGUAUCGAAGGAAACCUUUAUUAAAGUGUUAACCAAUAAAUGAUAAACGCUAUUGA